AAACCAAAAGCCGCCACGUGGCGAAGAAAAGUCCGCGAAUCUUCCCCUGGCGGACCAUUAAAGAUCCUAUUUCUCCUCUUCACUCUGCUUGUUUCUUUUUUCAUCGUCUCUCAAAAACCACUCCUUUCUUCCCGAUUAGAUUCGUUUUCUUUCUCAGUUCCAUCACAAUGAAUGGCUUCUCUGAUCUCAACUCUUCCGAGAGCAAACCUUCGCUCUCACAUCUUGCUCCUUUAGAAGCCAUUCUCUUUGAUGUUGAUGGAACACUCUGUGACUCUGAUCCUAUCCACCUUAUUGCCUUUCAAGAACUGCUCCAACAGAUUGGUUUUAACAAUGGUGUACCAAUCGACGAGAAGUUCUUUAUUGAGAACAUUGGUGGAAAACACAACUCUCAGAUUGCUCUUGCUCUCUUCCCUAAUGAUGUUACAAGAGGGUUAGAGUUCUGUGAGGAAAAGGAAGCUCUUUACCGCAAACUUGUAGCAGAGAAGAUAAAGCCACUUGACGGGCUUAUAAAACUAACCAAAUGGAUAGAGGAACGUGGACUGAAGCGAGCUGCUGUGACGAACGCUCCAAAAGAAAACGCAGAGCUCAUGAUAUCCAAACUUGGUCUUACUGAUUUCUUCCAGGCAGUGAUCCUUGGGUCUGAAUGUGAGUAUCCCAAACCACAUCCGGGGCCUUACUUGAAGGCUCUUGAGGUGCUUAACGUGUCGAAGGAGCAUACGCUAGUUUUCGAGGACUCGGUCUCUGGGAUAAAAGCUGGAGUUGCAGCUGGAAUGCCAGUGGUGGGACUAACUACAGGUAAUCCAGCAAGCAUGCUGAUGCAAGCAAAACCGGCUUUUCUCAUCGAGAACUAUGCGGAUCCAAAACUGUGGGCUGUGUUGGAAGAACUUGAUAACAAGGGGACUUUUCAAAAGUCUUGAGAUGUGAGUGAGUUACUUGAGCCUAUGAGCAGCCUCUGAAGUUUUACUUUUUUAUCCUCGUUGAUUAUUGUUGAAUAUUCUUUUGGGAAUAUAUGACAAACAAUGGGAGCUUUCAAAUAAGUGAACAUGUGUGAACAUGUUUUCUAUGUCUAUGUUUAUAUUUUAGUACUAAGAAAGUGUAGAACUGUGACAUUCUAAGGUCUUAUCUGAUCCAAAAUAAAUAAAAACUAAGUGAUGAAUGAUGA